AGCUUCCUCACUUCCCCAAUUCGCACAGCUUGUCGCGCAUAAUUCAAGAUGAGUGCCCAGUUCGAGCUUGCGCAAAACCCUUCCGACGUCAUCUCCGCGGUGAAAUUCGCACCCGAGACAUCAACACGGCUUCUCGUGUCCUCGUGGGACAACAAUGUCUAUCUCUACGACACACAUGCAGAGCCUGGAGGCAAGCUGUUAGAGAAGUUCGAGCAUCGCGCGCCCGUUCUCGAUGUGUGCUUUGGACGCGACGAGAAUGAGGCAUUCAGCUGCGGUCUAGACUGGGAAGUGCGAAGAAUCGACCUCUCAUCUGGCGACCAGACCAUUCUCUCAACCCACGACAAGCCCGCAAACCACGUCCUCUUCUCCGCCGCUCACAACCUCCUCAUAUCCUCGUCAUGGGACUCGACAUUGCAUCUCCACGACCUCUCCACACCAGGCGACUUCUACACGCUCACGCUCCCCUCGAAACCCUUCUCCAUGUCGAUCUCGCCUACCAAGCUCGUCGUCGCAAUGGCCUCCCGCCACGUCUUCAUCUACGAGCUCGACGUCCUCGCAAAAGCAGCCGUGGAGUCCCCCGCCGGCGAGGUGCCUACCUGGCAGAGGAGGGAGAGCAGCAUGAAGUACAUGACGCGCGCGGUGGCGUGCAUGCCCAAUGAUGCCGGUUAUGCGAGCAGCUCGAUAGAAGGCCGAGUGGCUGUCGAAUGGUUCGAUCCAAGCGAGGAAUCGCAGGCGAGGAAGUACGCAUUCAAGUGCCAUCGACAGGCCCAGGAUGGCCAGGAUGUCGUCUACCCCGUCCACAUCGUUGCCUUCCACCCCGUGCACGGAACUUUCGCGUCUGGCGGUGGAGACGGCAUAGUCGCCCUCUGGGACGCAGCAGCCAAGCGAAGAAUCAGACAGUACCAGCGUUUCCCAUCCUCCAUAGCCACCGCUGCCUUCUCUGACGACGGAAAGUACCUCGCAGUGGGCGUCAGCCCGGCCAUCGAAGACGGCCAGGAUGACAUCGCAGAUGGGGCCAUCAAGGUCUUCAUCCGCGAGCUCACCGAGACCGAAGCCCAAGGAAAGAAGAAAUGAGCUCCUCUACCCCAAAAAGCAGGACUCUAGGCCGCGUUGGGGCGUAUGGCGUUUAACAGGACAAUGAAAGGAAGCAUAGUACAGCCGGAAAUUUUCAAAACCCGUUUGUAUAUAUGAUUCACAUACCCAAGACCUUGUCUGAAUAGUUUUUAGAUUUGGAGAAUUAAGUAAAUUAAAG